GCCGAGAAUAAAGUAGUGUUUAAGAAGAUGUCUCUGCUGUCUUAGGAUUCUUGCAAUACAACAAAUUGGCAACAAAGGGACUCUGCGUGGCAUAUGCCGCAUGGGCUGCACAGCUUCAUCCACUUUGAAAUGUAAGGUGCCUUGGAGACAUCCAAGUCCUUCAGAGAUAUCAUGUGAGAAGAGUGACGCCGGCCCUGAUCAGUGCGUUGGGGAGACGAAUGCCAUGGAACCAAGUGGUGAGGAGGAAAUCAGUGUCCAAGAUGAGGCUGUGGACAAAAGCCAGUUUAAGACAUGCAAACAAAUUGCUUUCUACAGGCGUCAGAAGCAUUUGUGUCCUGGGAAGCAUUUGUACCGAGCCUUGCUAGACACAGUGGAAUUAUCUAGCGGCAAUGUCAAAUUCCAAAUUAUCAAUGAAGAAUUCAAGGUACCUCUUUUAGUAGAAAUUUAUGAAAUAGAGGGCAAUAUUUUCAGGUUUAAAAUUAAUGAACUAACACCACUCAAACCAAGAUAUGAAGUUCCUGAUGUUCUUCUAAAAGACCCUGUCAGCCUCAGGCCAGCAAUAUUGCAGAAAGAUGCAGACAAGCUUGUGUUGGCUUGUGCCAGUGAAGACCAGCAGCUUCACAUCACAGCAAAUCCUUUUCAGAUUCAGCUUCUUUCCAAGGAUGAAAUCAUACUGAGCAUGAACUCAAAUGGCCUGUUGUAUUUGGAGCAUCUGCAGCCACACCCACAAAAUAGGAAAUUUAAAUCGCACGAAAAGGAAGGAGGAUCAGCUGACCCUUCUGAGGAGAAUCAAGAAGAUUUGGGUCUCUGGGAAGAGAGAUUUGGCAGUUUUUUAGACAUCAAAGCUAAUGGUCCCAGCAGUAUAGGCCUAGAUUUUUCUUUACAUGGAUUUGAACAUGUCUAUGGAAUACCUCAGCAUGCAGAGACACUUCUCCUUAAAAACACCAGUGAUGACGAUGUCUACCGGCUUUAUAACCUAGAUGUCUUUGGAUACAAAAUCCAUAACAAAAUGGGCAUUUAUGGUUCAGUACCCUUGCUCUUAGCUCACAAACCUGACAGAACCAUCGGGGUCUUCUGGCUGAAUUCCUCAGAAACUCUGGUGAAGAUUGCUACAAAAGCUGCAGUGAAAGUUUCACUCUCCAAAACUCCAGACAUCUCAAAGCAGAGGGUGCUGCCUCAAACUGAUGUGCACUGGAUGUCAGAAAGUGGAAUAAUUGACACGUUCAUCUUAACGGGGCCCAGUCCUUUUGACGUUUUUAAGCAGUAUGCACAGUUGACAGGUACUCAGGCCCUGCCUCCACUCUUUUCCCUUGGCUACCAUCAGUGUCGCUGGAAUUACGAAGAUGAGGAAGAUGUAGAAUGCGUUGAUGCUGGUUUUGAUAAAGCUGACAUCCCCUAUGAUGUUAUAUGGCUUGACAUUGAACACACUGAUGGGAAGCGAUAUUUCACAUGGGAUAAGGAGAAAUUCAGCAAUCCUGAGAGGAUGCAGAAGGAGAUACUUAUGAAGAAAAAGCGCAAGCUUGUUGUCAUUCUGGACCCUCAUAUUAAGAUUGAUCCUCUGUAUACCAUAUACUUGCAAGCAAAACAGAGAGGCUAUUUUGUAAAAGAUCGUAAAGGUGAAGAUUUUGAGGGCAUCUGUUGGCCAGGUCUCUCUUCUUACCUGGAUUUCACAAAUCCUGAAGUCCGAGAAUGGUAUGCAGAUCAAUUUGCCUUCAAAACAUAUAAGGGUUCUUCUGAAAUACUUUUUGCCUGGAAUGAUAUGAAUGAGCCCUCAGUCUUCAGAGGGGUAGAACUAACCAUGCAGAAGGAUGCAGUCCAUUAUGGCAAAUGGGAACAUCGAGAUGUUCAUAAUCUUUAUGGAUUUUACCAGCAAAUGGCGACUGCAGAAGGACUGAUCAGACGAAGCCUGGGGCUGGAGAGGCCUUUUGUUCUCACACGCGCUUUCUUUGCUGGAUCGCAGAAGUAUGGUGCAGUAUGGACCGGAGACAACAAAGCAGAGUGGUGUUACUUGAAAAUCUCGAUUCCAAUGUUGCUGACCCUCAGUAUUGCAGGAAUUUCUUUCUGUGGAGCGGACAUCGGUGGAUUUAUUGGAAAUCCAGGACCAGAGCUACUAAUUCGAUGGUAUCAAGCUGGGGCACUCCAGCCUUUCUUUAGAGGCCAUGCCAAUAUGCAUACCAAGCGCCGUGAGCCCUGGUUGUUUGGUGAAGAGAACACACAGAUCAUCAGAGAGGCAAUCAAGGAGCGCUAUUCCCUUCUUCCAUACCUAUAUUCCCUGUUCUACAGAGCACAUACAGCUGCUGAGCCAGUCAUGAGGCCUGUCUGGGUAGAAUUUCCCAACGAAAUUGAAACUUUUGGCAUCGAAGAUGAGUAUAUGCUUGGAAAUGCUUUGUUGGUGUAUCCAGUCACUGAACCAAAAGUCACUGCAGUCAAUAUCUUUCUGCCUGGGCCACAAGAGAUCUGGUAUGACUUUCGAAAAUUUAGAUGUCUGGAAGGUCAAGGGAUACUGAAGACCCCAGUAACACUGAACAAUAUCCCUGUAAUUCAGCGUGGCGGGACUAUUAUACCACUAAAGACUUCUGUAGGAAAAUCCACAGAAUGGAUGGUAGAUGCUCCAUAUGAACUACGUGCCGCCCUAGAUCACAUGGAAUCUGCAGUGGGUGAAUUCUACCUGGAUGAUGGCCAUUCAUUUCAGUAUCUCCAUGAGAAGCAGUUCUUGCUCAGAAAGUUCACCUUCCAUAAGAAUGUCUUCUCAUCCAGGUGUGCAGAUGAAAAUGGACAAUUUCAUACUAAAUGUGUCAUUGAACGGAUACUGAUUUUGGGAAUUAAAAGGCAACCUUCUUCUGUGACAGCCAGCACCCAUGAUGGGAAAGACAGAACAGUGGCUUACACAUAUGAUGCCAAGAACUCUGUGUUGACCCUUCAAAAGCUUUCAUUAAAUGUUGGCAUUGACUGGGUGCUUCGUGUCAAGUGAACCUACACCUCCAGAGAAAUGGAAGAAAAGCCGAAAAAAUAAUGGUUUGGAGUGACCUAGCUCACUCUUAAAUAUUUUUUUCAAAUAGGUAAAACAUGAACUUUCCCAAGAUGGACUUCUAUAGUUUCUAUUAAAUUAAUUAAGAUUCAAAGUAUUCUUCAUGAAUGACAGCUUGCUGAUAACUGCUUGCAACAACUGUUUUGCUUGAGGAUGGCUUGCUUCCAGGAUUUUGCAGUUGUUGGCUAAACGUUGUCUUCUGUGUAUCCAAGCAACAGCCAUGCUUCUUGCGUCCAUCAACUUUUUUUCUUUACAUCUUCUUCUCUAGAUUUUCUGUUGAUGAAAUACAUUUGUUAUGUAACAAAUCUUGCAGAGAAAGAAACAACUUAGAAUAUUCUCUACUAAAUCCAUAAACAUAGAACACAGAAAUUGUUCUGCAUGAUGCUCUUGGCCAGACCAACGUAACAAUGAGGAUUCUCUUUGUAAUCCAUGUAUAACUCUUAUAGAGAGAUCCUGCAUGCAGUUCCCUUAUGAGAGAAGUUAUCUUGGAUGAACAUUCAUCAGUUAACUUAGUCCAUUUAACAUAUAUUGUUGUGAAUGCAGUGCUUCCAUUACAAAAACAAACCAAAGAAGUGAUGUGAUGAAUUUGCAGUGAGUGGAAAAGCAAUAUGGCAGAAAUUUUACCACUGGUUCAUUAAAAUGUUCAAGGCAGCAUCAAGUGGUGUCUGGCCACAAGCAGAGCCCACUGCCACUUCUGUUCUACCAACAGGGCCCACUGCCAUUUCUGUUCUAAUCUAACUACCUGUUCUACUUCAUUAGCAGUGUCUCUCUUAUUUGAACACUUCUGUGUAUAAUGUAUAUUUAUUUAUUUUUAAAGGAAUAAAAUUUCACUGUACUA